AUGAUGCAUUCUCUAUCUUAUGAUUAUUCAGCAAGCAUCGAGUGCUUGGCUGAGCCACCGAAACCGCAGUACGGCGGGGGGAUCAUUAACGCCGGCCUGAGAGGAUGGUCAAACUCCGGCCUUUCAGCGGACGCUACGAGGGCCUCCGCAAGCGGCAAAACGUUCGCGGUCGUGCGCAGCAGGAGAAAACCUUAUCAGAGCGUCUCCCAGAAAGUGUACCUGCACAAAGAGAAGCUCUACACACUCUCUGCUUGGGUACGUAUCGACGAAGGAAGCGCAGUCGUCGGAGCUGUGUUUAAGACGGCAGGAGACGGCUUUGUUCACGCCGGUUUGGUCGAAGCCAAGUCGGGUUGCUGGUCCAUGCUGAAAGGAGGGCUGACUGUAAAGACUUCAGGACCGGCAGACCUAUAUUUCGAGAACAAAAAUAUAACAGUAGAAAUAUGGGUGGACAGUGUCUCCUUGCAACCGUUUACCGAAGAGCAGUGGAGAGCUCACCAAGAAGAGAGCAUCAAUAAGGUUCGCAAGAAGACGGUGAGAAUUCAAGCCAUAGAUGCCAAAGGAAACACCAUACCUGGAGCGAACAUCGCGAUCCAACAAACCAGACCGGGAUUUCCCUUCGGCUCAUCCACCAACGAGAACAUCAUCAACAAUACAGCAUACCAGAACUACUUCGCCUCCCGCUUCACCGUAACCACAUUCGAGAACGAGAUGAAGUGGUAUGCAACAGAGCACGCGCCGGGCAAAGAGGACUACUCGAAAGCCGACGCCAUGCUCGCCUUCGCUAAAAAGCACAACAUUCCGGUCAGAGCGCACAACAUCUUCUGGGAUAACGCAAAAAUCCAGAUGCCGUGGGUGCACUCUCUCAACGGAACACAGCUCUGGUACGCUACGUCGAAAAGAAUCAACUCAGUAAUGUCGAGAUACAAGGGCCAGGUCAUUGCUUGGGACGUAGUAAAUGAGAACCUCCAUUUCUCAUUCUUUGAAGAUAAACUCGGAAGAGAUGCAUCAAAUGUCUUUUACCAAGAAGCUCAUGAGCUCGACGCCGACACGAUGAUGUUCCUGAAUGAGUUUAAUACGCUCGAAUGGCCUGGAGAUCAGUUUGCGAGCCCAAGUAAGUACCUUCAGAAGCUGAGGGAGAUACAGUCAUAUCCUGGCAAUCGCGCGAACAUGGCGAUAGGGCUCGAGAGCCACUUCGGCGUACCGAACAUUCCUUUUGUGAGAUCGGCUCUUGAUGUUCUUGCAAAUGCAAAGGUGCCCAUUUGGCUUACGGAGGUGGAUGCUGCAAACGACACAGAUCAGCCAACAUAUUUGGAAGCAAUCUUGAGAGAAGCUUACGCUCACCCGGCCGUCCAAGGGAUCGUAAUGUGGACGGGCUGGCGUCCAGGACCGUGCGAGAAGAUGUGCCUGACGGACUCCAACUUCAAGAACACCCCCGCCGGCAAUGUUGUCGACAAGCUAAUUGCUGAGUGGAAGACUGGACGAGCAGUAGGCUCGACAGAUAAAAACGGCUACUUUGAAACCCAACUCUUCCACGGAGACUAUGACAUUCUCCUCAGCCAUCCAUCCGUGAACUCCUCACUGCACAGUUUGAAAGUGGAUUCUGGAACUCGGUAUGAAUUUAUGAUCCGGAUCCAAGAAUUAAGCAUUUGA